UAUCGGGGCCUGGCCUCAGUUGCGCUGAUAGGGGCGGGAGGUGGCACGGGAGCAAAUAUGGCGGCCGUGACGAUUGUAGUUGCGCUGGUCAUGGCCAGCGCGGAGAGAAGCGGUGCAGUAGCUGCCACGACGCUAGCCGCCCUUGGAGCUCGCCUUCCACCAGCGGCGGAGUGAGCGCAGCAACCUGUCGGGCCCGACUUCUGCGCUCCGACUUGGGACAUGGAGGCGCUGAGGACCACCGAAGAGGGCGAGGAGCCUCCCAAAAGUAUUCGCAUUCUUGGGUCGGAGCUGGUGGAGACCUACACGGUAUAUAUCAUUCAAGUGGCUGUUGGAACCCAUGAGUGGAUAGUAAAACAUCGAUAUAGUGACUUCCAUGAUCUUCAUGAAAAGCUUGUUUUGGAGAAGAAGAUAGACAAGAAUAUAUUGCCUCCCAAAAAGAUUAUUGGUAAAAAUUCCAAAAGCUUGGUGGAAAAAAGAGAAAAAGAGUUGGAAGUAUACCUACAAACUCUUCUUGCUAUAUUUCCAUUGGCAGCGCCCAAAGUACUAUCACAAUUCUUACAUUUUCAUUUGUAUGAAAUCAUUGGUAUCACAGCUGCAUUGGCUGAAGAACUUUUUCAUAAAGGAGAGCAAUUACUUAUGGCUGGUGAGGUCUUCAAUAUUAAACCUUUGCAGCUUUAUGCUGUUACUCAACAGCUGCGUCAGGGGAAACCAACAUGUGCAAAUGGUGAUGCCAGAACUGAUCUUGGUCACAUUCUGGAUUUCACAUGCAGACUCAAAUAUUUAAAGAUAACUGGCACAGGUGGACCUGUUGGAAGCAGUAAUAUUCAGGAACAUCUUUUGCCUUUUGACCUAUCAAUAUUUAAAUCUCUUUAUCAGAUUCAGAUAAAUCACUGUGGUGCAAAACUUAUUAAUGGGCUGAUAUCUUCAAAGCACACUCUAGCAACACUAAGUGUACAAUUCUCAGCAACAUCCAUGAUGGAGGUCCUAGUACCUGAGGCCUAUGAAUUUGACCAGUGGGAGCCAGAAGGUGCAUCUUCAAAUCCUGUGACAGCAGUUAUUCCAACUUGGAGAACAUUAACAACUUUAGAUAUGAGUCAUAAUAGUAUAGCUCAAAUUGACAAUUCAGUGAAAUUAAUGCCGAAGAUUGAAUUUCUGGAUUUAAGCCACAAUGAUGUACCACUAGUGGAAAAUUUACAGCAUCUCUACAAUCUUAUUCACCUGGAUCUCUCCUACAAUAAACUUUCAACGUUAGAAGGAAUUCAUACAAAAAUUGGAAAUAUCAAAACGCUGAAUUUAGCAGGGAAUCAUCUGGAUAGACUUUCUGGACUCAACAAACUCUACUCUUUAGUUAACCUGGAUCUUAGUAACAAUAAAGUGGAUCAGAUUGAUGAAAUAAGGAAUAUAGGAGGCCUUCCAUGCUUGGAAAAGCUUGUGUUAUCCAACAAUCCUUUGAGUAUUAUUCCUGAUUAUAGGACCAAAGUUCUAGCUCAGUUUGGUGACAGAGCCUCAGAGGUUUGUUUGGAUAAUACCACAACCACUGAAAAAGAACUUGACACUGUUGAAGUGUUGAAAGCUAUACAAAAAGCAAAAGAUGUAAAAUACAAAAUGAGUAAUUCCGAUAAGAAGAUCCCUGAAGAUUCCAAGCUUUCUGCUACCAGUUCAAAAUCAAACUGCUCUUCUCUUUCUGUUCAUCCUUCCUCUCCUUCUCUGCCACGUCCUGUCAGCUCCAGUCAAGAAAUAACAUACAAGAAAACAGCCCUAGUCAGCAGUUUCUCAUCAAGUAGUUUGACUCCUGAAAACCAUACAGUUACCCAAAGAUGCCCUGAAACACCAGAUUCGUGUAGUGCAAGUCAGGUACCUGCUCCAGAUUUGGACCUUUCUGAUGAAAGCACACAUCGCAUGUGCUUGGGAUAUCCAGAAGAAGGACCCGAUUCCUUGCCUGAUCCUCUUAAUACUGUUACUCUGCCUUUCACUUGUAUGUCAUACGCUACCACAAAUCAGGACUUUGUGCAACAUCUCUCUACCUUGAUUGCAGAGGCCGUGGGACAUGUGCCCCUCUUUUCAGUGGAAACUGAGAACAUGGGAGAUCUUUUGAGUGAUACAGAAACUGAAGAUGGCUACUUUGAAAUGGGACUUCAUGAAGGAUAUCAGAUCUCUAAAGUGGCUCCCACCUCAAGUGGUGUGCAGAUGACCCAAGCAAAACAGGAUACUAUAAUCAAAAUCCUCUGGAGUUUUUGCAUUCAGGUUCAUAAAGGACUCAGGCAGUUUGCUUCCUGUUUUGUUUUGGCUAGAAAUGUGAUAGCUGUAUUUGAAAUUGUUCAAGAUUCCAAAGGAAAUUGCCAGCAUAUACUUUCUGCUUUGAAAGUUGUACUUUGCUUUCCAUACUCUGACCUCAGUGAGUUUGGUUUUUUAAUACCAGAAAUAUGUUUGAUGCUCAACGUAAACAAUGGCGAUACCUGUUUGUUUGUUGUGUCAGACACUCAGAAUCUGCAAGAUUUCUAUUCUUGUUUACACCAGUUUCGCGGUCAGCACUACAAGCCUGCUUUAGCUGAUUCUGUACUGUAUUGUGGCAAAGCUAAUUUGCAAGAGUUUGUCUACCAGCUGAUGGGUUUUUAUCAUAUUUCAUCCGAAAACACAGAGAUAAAAGGUUGUUUCCCAGUUUAUCUCUUCUGUCAUAAUAAGGCUGAUGGUCAAAAGGAACUAUGUUUGCCAAAACUGGGUAAUGAUGACCAAGCCUGUUCUAAGCAUUGUGGUUGUUCUGCAUUUUACUCUGCGAUUCAUAAAUCAGCUGGAGAGAGCCAUUGUAUGCUGCACCCUUGUUGGAUAUUUCUCACACCUCACCACCUUCAUAUAGUUAAAGUUGAUUUUAAUAUACUGCCAGGUAAAUUCAUGGACUCAGAGAACGCCAGGAACAUUUUCAAACUGAACAGAAUUCCACUGGCUUCUGUUCUUUUGCAUCCCACAUGUUUUUCAGUUCAGCAAGAAGGUUCAUUUUCAGAUGGAUAUGUCAUGGAAUUGAUAAUUGGCUACAGAUUUGUCACAGCAAUAUUUGUCCUACCUCACGAGAAAUUCCAUUUUCUGAAAAUCUAUAGUUUUUUGAGGACACUUUUGCAAGACGUCAAGACCAUAAUUAUUUUCAAAGAUGCCAAUAAUGUAGAAUCGGUCAGAAACUCUUUUACAGACUGUUUAAGGCAUGGCCCAACUACAAGCUUUUGCAAGCCUCGUUUGUCAUUCUCAUCUUUGUACCCAUCUGAAUUUCUGAUGCAAAGAAUUACCGAUGAGAACCAGAUACCUAUGCACCUUUCAGUCUCUCCAUCUCUUCAAUAUGUAGCUGGGCUAAAAGAGAAACACAUUAUGGAAUUUUUCCAUAACAGCAUUGCUGAGGUCGAAAAUGAAGAACUAAGACAUCUCAUGUGGUCAUCUGUUCUGUUUUAUAAAGCUCCAGAUAUGGAAGUGACAACUUGUGUACUACUUUCAACUAAAGCUAUUUACUUCUUGUUGGAUGAUUCUGUGAUGCAUUCUAACGAUCACCAUUUAGGUUUUUGGGGCACUGACUUUGAAUUCAGCUCUUUCCAUCUCACUCCUUGCUUAGUUCUAAAAUUAAAUGAUCUGCAUUCAGUGAACAUUGGACUUUUUGAUCAGUAUUUUCGACUUACUGGACAUUCGGCGGAACAUAUAUUAACCUGCCUAACCAGAGACAGUUAUAGCACUCACGCUUUUAUCCAGCACCUCAUGGCAGUGCUCUCACUCCUUGCAAGGACACCAUCGCCAGAACCAGUGGAUAAGGAUUUCUACUCUGAAUUUGGAAAGAAAAAUACAGGUACUGAGUCUGAUGGCGAAAAAAAAAAAAUACUGAAUACUCCUCAAUAAAAAUGAAAGGGCACAGAGUUGACAUAAACUGGUUAGCAAAGUCAGGAAAUCCUUGGCACACCCACAUACCAACAAUGUGACAAAGAGUUUUCCACUUUUAUGUAAUUCAUUUUCAAUUUGUUCUUAUUCAUUGUUAUCAACAGCAAACUCAGCUACAUAUUCUCAUUGGAUAUACAUCUGCCCACAUUUUUUCAUAAAUAACCUAUAAUCAAAAAUCAGCUGUGAUUUACAUGCAUUGUGGAGUCAGUGAACACUCUGCUCUCAGAGUGGAUGUGCAUACGUUCCUUGGACACUUUUGUUUUGCAUGGCUUUAAAUUACUAAUAAUUGAAAACAGUCAGAAUGUUAUGUUACACCAUUAGGGGGUAUUCCAUGUGAUGUGCACACCAUGCAUUUGGUGAUUGAGGCACACCUAAGAUUUAAAUUGGCUUUAAGCAACAUUCUAAUUAGCUUUUUUAUAGAAAAAAUCAGAAGAAAAUGUCCUGAAUUGCUUGGGUGUGGUCUAAAGAGUUAGAAUAGGGAAGGAGAAUAGAAUCAUUUAGUUACUGGAUGCAGAUGCUCCUCUACUUCUUUCCCCAUGUUUUGAAAGGAUACUUCCUUCACAUAAGGAAGAUCAUAACAUCUGGCCUAGCUGUUUAACACAAUGUUGUUGUGUUUUGUCAUUUCUUCAGUAUUUGUGCAAUUCCUUUUAGCCCUAAACUGCAUCUGAACGACUCUAUUCCCAUAACUUCUGCAUUAUAUAAUUCUUCAGAAAGGUAGACUAGCCCUAAGAAAAAGGUAAAAUUGAACUAGAAAGUAUACCAAAGGCAUGUUUUAGUAUGGCCAACUAAAACAGUGAUAGUAAUCAGAAAAUAGGGCAGUUUCACAGCAUUAAAGCUCAGCAUGAGCUAUUGCUAUGUCCGAAAUAAUAUUUUGCUUCAUAUGUCUACUCAGCUACAAAGCUCACUGCAUAGCCUUGCAUCAGUUGCUAUCUCUCAGCCAUAAUGUAUCUUACAGUUGUUGUUUUGUUAAAAACACCUGCAAAUCACUUCAAACAAAACCACAUUAAACAAUCAGAGAAGUCUCCCCAUAAAAUUUCAAUAAAACUCACUCAGGAAGCUUAACUUUCUUUCAUGUAAGUAUUUCAUGACUGGAUUUUGAAAAUGUAGCUGAGGUUUUGUUUAUUAGAUUUAUAUCUUCUUGUUCAACAGCACACACAGCACUCUCUGCUUGCCUUUUUCUGCAUAACGAUGAUCCUAUGAAGUAGAUUGGCUCAAAGAGAAUGAGCAGCUUAAAGUCACAUCACUGAACUUCAAUGAACUUGAUGGUGCCUGUCGCAGCCCCUACACCACAUUUAACUGUCCAAGAGUGUUAAAAGUCUGAACAAAUAGUAUAAUUGCCUCUCUCCAAAAACAGAAAGAUACAGUCAGGUCCAGAAAUAUUGGGACAUAGACACAAUUUGAACAUCUUUGGCUCUAUACCACAAUGGAGUUGGAAUGAAACAAACACAAUGUGCU